ACACUUUCUUUUUGGGGGGAUUAAAAAAGACAAAUUCAACGAGUGGAAAGUGACAAACGUGCAGACUGGUAUUAUAAUCCAUAAAGGAUAUACUGAAUUGUAAAUGGAGUGAAACAAAGACAAAUCCGUACAACACAUCAUUAAGUUUUUAUAUGAGGCUUUUAUUUUGGAUUUUUUUUUCCGGAAGAAUGUUUGACGGCGACACUGGGUACUGUAUUUUUAUCUUGUGACACAGCUGCUGCACCGAAGACAGAUAACAACACUGUGUUAAAAAACAAAAACAAAAUCAAAGAAGACUGACACCCUUGCCACAGUGUCUCUCGGGGGUAUCGUGAGUGGAUUAUGUUGGAUUCAAACGCGACAUUAUGAUCAACCGGAGACCGAGAAGUGCUCCGACACACAGCGGACCCGACCAGCCGUUAGGUCGCUGGUAAUGUCUUCCCCCCACCACACGGGAUUUGUUUGGGUUUGAAUUGAAUUUUGAAUUUGUCAACGCGUGUGUCAUCUUGAGUAUGGUGUUUGAAGCCGACGCCGAACAAGAGAGUCGCUGACUGAAGUCGCAGCAAUGGCCGCGGCGCUGAGUUGCUUCAGCGGCCCCGAGGUGCUGGAGGACGCGGGUCACGCUCGGGUCCUGGUGACCGAGCUGAAGCUGCUGUACGAGUGUCGGCUGCUCGGCGACGUCACCAUCGGGGUCGAGUGCGAGGACGAGGACGAGGAGCCGCGCGGCGGCGGCCGCGUCGACCGGCUGUUCCUGUGCAGCCGCAACGUGCUCGCCGCCGCCAGCCCGUACUUCAAGAGCAUGUUCACCGGCGGGCUGCACGAGAGCGCGCAGGAGCGGGUGGUCAUACGCGGCGUGGACCCCGAGUCCAUGUCGGUCAUCGUCGAGUACUGCUACACGGGCAGGGUGACGGUGACGGAGGGCAACGUGCAGCGGCUGUACGCGGCGGCCAACAUGCUCCAGCUGGAGUACAUCAGGAAGGCGUGCGCCAGCUUCAUGACGCGGCGGCUGGACCUCUCCAACUGCGUCGGGGUGCUGAGGUUCGCGGACACCUACGACAACCCCGAGCUGAAGGAGACCGCGCAGGCCUUCAUCGCCAGGAACUUCGGCCAGCUGUGCGGCGGCGGGGAGCUCGGCGAGCUGGACUUGGCGCAGCUGAGGGAGCUGCUGUCCCUGGACACGCUGGACGUGGACUGCGAGAGGAAGGUGUGCUCCGCGGCCCUGCAGUGGAUCGAGACCAACGCGCCACAGCGCAGGGAGGACGCACUGCGGGCGCUGGAGUGCGUGCGCUGGAACCUGUUCACCGACAAGGACAAGUGCUACCUGGAGGGGCUCAUGGCGAGGCCCGUCGUCGAGAAACACCUGGCGUCCUUCUUCAACAGUGCCACCGACGACGGCUGCGGCAUGUCCCAGACACAGGACACACCCAAACACCGGAUAGGCGUGAGCGCCAAAGAGAUGAUUCUCUUCUUCGGCCUGCCCAACGACAACAUCAUGUGCUGCGACCCCUACUCGGAGGACCUGUACUUCAUGGCCCCUCCGUUGGAAGACCUCAGCAGUCAGGACUACAAACGCUCCACCAUGGAGUCGCUCAUCGCCUGUGCCACGCCCGACAACAACCUCUACCUGGCCUCCCACCUGUCCAAACACUUCUGGCUGUACAACCCGGUGCUGAACAGCUGGCUGGAGUUGGCCGAGCGACCGCUGGGGAGGAUACACUCGGGCAUGGGCUACCUCAACGGCCACGUGUACCUUCUGGGGGGAAGGAAUCCAGUGACGGACACCAGGCUGAAGGAGGUCGAGUGCUACAGCGUCCAGAGGAACCAGUGGACGUUCGUGGCUCCCCUGCCUCACUCCCUGGGCAAAAUGCAGGUGGUGGCGUUGAACGACCACCUGUACGUGGUGAACAAGAGGAGAAUGCUCUGCUACGACCCCAAGAGGAACCGCUGGCGCCACUGUGGCUCGCUGAGACGAGACAAGCUCCACAAGGCCUGCGUGUUUCAGGACCAGAUCAUCUGCGUGUGCGAUAUCCCCGUGGUGAAGGCCUACAGCCCCACCAGGGGCGAAUGGAAGAGGUUGGGCGACAUUCCCAUCGACAGCCGAGCUCUGAAUUACCAGGUGAUCCAGCACAACAGCAAGCUGCUGCUCCUCACUCAGACUCUGCUGCAGCACAACAAAAACCGGGUCCUCAUCCACGAGUACGACCCAGCCAGGGACACGUGGAAGAACGUCAUGGCGGUCUACGUGUCCACGCUGGGGCCCGUGUGCGUUUCCACGCGCAUGUACCCGGCGUGUCUGGGCUCGGCUCACAGCUUCUCCACGGAGGAGGACGACGACAGUGGCUCCAGUGCCGACUGGGACUUUGAUGGGUUGACGGACGCCGACUCGGACUCUGGCAGCUCCAGCUCCUUCUCAGACGAGAACUGGUAGUUUAGAAGAGGUUAAAUUAUUUAUAAUUUCAGGGUUCAGUCUGCCAGGAGACGUCAGAGAUCCAGAAUAAACUCAGUAUUAACGCCAGCGAUUGACAGUAGAGGCACAAGCUGUGUAGAGGAGGAGAUCUAUCCAUUUUUAUCUUACAUCUUUGUACAAGUCGGGCUUGUUGGACUUGUAAUCUUGAGUUGGUUUCAGUCAUUGUUUUCAAUCUUAACAAAAGCAGUGAUUUUGUUUACAGUCAUCAACACGCCCGCUCGCUCCUCCUGCGUUGUCACAAGUGCUGGCAGGAGAAGGUCCAGAAAAAUAUGCAGAGCAACUUUUGCGGACAUUCCCAAAACACAGCCCCAAUGGAAAAGUUCAAGAGAAUGUCCAGACUUGAGUGCAUGUCUGACAGCAACUGUAGUGUCGAACUUUAAAAGACAAAGACACGACAGAAUCUGUUUAGAAACUGUUUCCUCUUGUCUUUACUUCCGGAAGUGAAAAUCCCAUACAUUUUCUCCAUCAACAUUUUGAUUAUUAGCCAUAAUGUCGUAAACCAUCCAAUGUAGACUCACCACGAGCUACAAGGUUGUGAAAUGAUGGUAUAUGCACCUGUAGAAGCCACAAGUUUGUAUGAUACCAACCUUGUUCUCAGAAAAUCCUCCUUUUGGAGGCAGCCCCCAAUAAUUGCUUGUGCUUUUCCUGCUCUCAAGUCAAAAUGUCUCGUGUAAAAAGGUCUGUGAAUCUGAUUUCAGGGUAAUCUGGUGCUACCGAAGCUAUGUGAGACUCAUUUAAGGAGAAGAAGGACUCUGAAGCUACAAGACUAACAGACUUUGACAGGUUGGAAAAGAAACUAAUGGUGGUCCUUGUCGAGCAAAUCAGGAAUACAAAGACGUGUGUCCUGCUCCUAUGUUUAUUUUCAGUAUAUCAUGGAAGUCUUGUGUCUUUUAUUGUAUAGAAUUUCUUGGCCAAAAAAAAUUGGGAACAACUAACAAAGCGAUGUCACUUGUGGAAUAUUUUCAACUUGACGUAGCUCUUCCUGAGCUAAAAAAAAAAUACAUUAUAUCUAAAACUGUUUUCAAAUGCCGAAUUAGACUCCUCUUGAUAAGUAAAUGAACAUGCAAUGCUUUAGGACUUUUAUAAAGACAAGUUUGUGACAAAAGAUAUUUGCUAAUAACACGCUUUAUUCAGAUGAUCGGCGUUAAAAUCACGACUGUGGCUCAUGACUUCAAACACACAUGGUCAUUUAAAGGGCUUUAAAAUUUGCUGUUCUUUUUUUAUGUUGUUGAUGCACAUUAUGGUGUUGCACACAACCGAUGUUGUGGAAACUACUGUAUGAAAAGUAGAAGCCAAUGUACUGUAUGCUCACUCAGGUUUAGGCUUAAGCAAAAGCCUGUAUGCCAUGAUUGAUGUUUUUUAUUUUUAUUUUUUUUUUUAGAUGUGAAAUUUGGUAACUUUGGUGACAAAUUAUCAGUUUUAUAGAAUUUAUUUUUAACUAUUCUAUUCUUGUGUUUGUAACUUGUUUUUGUAUCUCUGAUUUUAACUUAACAUUUAUGUCGCAAUCGGAAAUCAAUUCACAAGGUGUUUUUGAGUAUUGUUUGUUUGGUUAGUUGGAAGAAAAAAUUGUCUGCAUGUAUACAGCUGUUGCAAAGCCAUUACCCUCCCUCACCAACCACCCCCUACACUCAGUUACCAGUUUAUAAUUUAUAUAUAUAUAUAUAUAUAUAUAUAUAUAUAUAUAUAUAUA